ACGUAUCUAACCAGCUUCAAGCUUCAACAGUUGCUGCCAUCCUAGACCGCAUAAUUUGGUAUGUACAUCACGCAUAGUAUACAUGUCCGAGUUGCUAUAUACUCAAAUUCUCCAAAGAUUGUAGACCAAUCAUAGCUGUUAGCAGGCUGGAUACACGUUGCUGUUUAGUGGGCCGUCCAAGUGAGUCCAAUUUCGCAGAGUUCCUGUUCCCCUGGCUCACGUUACACAGAUGCAUGUGGAGGACGCACUUCACAGCCCGUACCUACAGGCCUGUUGCUACCGCUUUUGCCCUCUCUAAAGGACGCCGUCUUAUCAGCACACAUGCUCGCCGCCAGACCUUCAACUAUCUCUACGAGCAGUUAACUGCUGCGCGAACUGACAAGGAUAUCAGACUUGCCAACAGGCUCAUCUCCGUCGAAACAGAUAAGGAGGGUCUUGGUACCGUCAUUCACGGCCAUGGACCCACUUCAGCCUCCGAAGCGUCUACGACAUUGGAACUUUUCGCCCAGCGAGACAUCCUCGCGCUAGAACAAUGCGGUGGACAACGACACGAUGCCACGGAGGCCGAGGAAAAUUGUUUGCCUGGGUGGUUUCUAUUGUACUCUGUCCACCGCCGUGUCCAUUCCACUCAGGAUGCAAAACAAGCGUGGAUUCUGUGCAAGUCCUACCUUUCUUCUCAGUCUCCGGAACUCAAGGAUGUCCUAUUGAUUUCAUUUGCAUGGCAAUUCGUGCAGUUCGGUGUUGAAGAUUGUAUGCAGGAUCUAGUGAACGAGUUUACUCGUUUUCCAGAGGCGAUCUCUACCGCAUCAUCCGACGCCCUUCUUCGCAUCUUAUGUAUGGCGUCCGCAACCGAGACCAUACGUGCAUGCGUUGUCUCGAUGUUGAACGCGUUGGCGGAUGGAAGAGCUCCAAUAGCGCAGACGGUUCUGGAGCAGGUCCUUCAGCGUGACCGCCUCAACCUUGACAUAGCUCUAGCGGUAGAACGCUGUAUCAUUGCCCAGGGAGCAAUUCCUGCACACGAGCAGACAAAAGCAUUGCAAUGCUUGUGGUCACCGAACGAGUGGAGCACUGUUGAGGUUCCCUCCUCGACUUUCUUUCAAGAUCUAAAGGUGGCUUUCGAUCACCCCACAUUGUACAUGAUAGACUCCCUAUCCACUGCCAAGACUUAUGACGAAGUCGUUUCUAUAUUGGAAACCGCCGGUGUUCUCACGUGGAAGUGGCUAUACGUUACACUGGCGCCUACCAUGCGUGAGGCUAUAGAACGACUUUCCAGAGUUGGAGUCGAUGUGCCCACACAAUUCAAUGCCUCUCAGGCCAGUCAAAACGGCCAGGGUCCCCCUGCAUGGCUCAUUUUGCACUUACUGCGCAACAGAAUUUUGACUGCGGAAGAUGCGGCCUUGGCUUUCCAUCUUGUGGAUCAUCACCAUGCCUCCCUCGCUGAACCCCUACGGUCAUGCUCCUUGAUUCUUUCCGCAUACUGGUGUGCAAAACUUCGGGUAAUCACAUUUCUUCGCCGUAUCGUACAACGAGUCUUUUCGCUUUCGGAGACCUUCACCGAACGUCACUACGACUUCUUCCUCCGUGCGUUAACAUAUGGUUCAGCCUCCAAAGAGCUCAGUAUCCUUAUCAAGACCAUCCUGUGGAAGAUGUCGAAACUCAAUAUUUCUGCGUCAACCGCCACAUACGAUCGUCUUCACGAUAACGACAUCCUAACUUUGGAGGUAGCAGAAGCUACGAAGGAACAUAUGAAAAUACAAGGCAUCUCGCCAUCGUCUCAUCAUCUCGAAGCCCUCGUUCGGCUAUUCGCGCGGUCAAGACAGCGCGAGAAGGCAAAGAGGUACCUGAUGAUGUUGCGAAAGGCUCUCCUUACAGAUGGGCGUAGUCUUCUCCCGUUAGGACCAAAUCCUGGAUCCCAGUCGGCUGGAGGCUUUACGUCACCGGAUAGAUUCUACAUAGAAUCAUUCAAGCGGUUUUCUGCCAUGCGGCGAUAUGUUCAGCUCAUUGCCGUAGGUCAUGGGAGGCACGUUCGACCGGCAACUAAGCACGGUAGGAAUAGUGACACUUCUCCACAGCCAAAUGACCAUUCGUCAGGCACAAACGGUGCGGGUGCGAUUGAUAACGAUCGCAAAGACCCAGGCGGUCAGGAUAUCCCGUCCAAAGAAGUUCAACCAUCACAUUCACUCCCGUCCACAACAGCGUCAUUUCAUCUAGGAAUCGAAGACUGGACUGCUACACUGCACGUCGCGGCCAAUGAUAAAGAAGUCCCUUCAAAGAAACUUCUUGAUCUCUUUCGGAAGGGCAUAACUAUGAUGCGAUUGCCACCGACGAUCGUGACCUAUUGUGUCGUUAUUCGAGGGUUGCUUGCGAAGGGGGGAGCCAAGGAUGCACUACUUUUAUGGAGAGAAUUGUGCGAGUCUGGACAUACUCUGGAUACAAUUGCGAUCGGCAUCGGCGUAACGGUCCUGACGUAUAAUGAUUUGGCACACGAAGCAUUCGCAUUGCUAGAGAGCGUCUACUCCUGUCAAGAUAUGUCUUUGGUCAACAAGCGUAGGCGACGUCGAUCCGGGCUUCAUGUCAAUAUAUAUGCGCUCAAUCAGUUUAUGGUUGCUCUAUCACGCAAUGGUCGACCAGAUGUCGUUUACGAGUUGUGGUCAAAUCUCGAGCGGCUCUACCAAGUUGAGCCUGACGUGUACACGUUCAAUAUCAUGCUCAGGACAGCAAGGUGGGCGCUAAAGUUGAAUGAAUCCCUGCGGGGGACCUUGGCGGAGUUAGGGCUGUUGAGACCGCCAGGAUCAUCCCCGUCCCACCACUCAUCCAGUCGAGACGUGGUCGCUGCAUGCAUCACAAGUAUGCUUGAUCCAAACAUCCCUCACCGCGUCUUAGGUUUCUGGGAAGGUCACUCCGCUGGCAAAGUCGCAUUGCGUAUAACUCGAGACAUGUUCUUCCAGAACUGGCCGGAGCUACAAUCUGUGAAAGGCCCUGUGCGUGCCCUACGCAGUUCAGGUUCCUCACAGCUGGUCUCUCCAAUGAGCGAUGCGUUUCACAGUCUCCGAGGCGGACCGAAGACCUUGCCCAACAUGGAAAGCAUGCUGCCCUCGUUGCCUCAAGACGCUAUUAUGAAAACUCGUUACGCGCGAAUCGUUCCUACCGAUCCCAGCUUUCGAAUCAUCCUCGAUCUUCUCGCGGCUGAAUCACUUGCGGCCGAGAUCCCUCUUGUUCUGGCGUGGAUGCGAAGUCUCAAUAUAUGGCCUUCAAAGUCCACACUUGCAACGGCUUUGGUGUACUGGUCCGCAGUCAGUUCGGAUGCACCUCUCAUCCAAGCUUGGAAAGGCGGGGAGCAAAAAAGCCCAUAUGCACAGCUUCUUGCUUGGAUGACAGAGUGGGUGGGAGAAUCUAAUAUGCCGGAGCCCGCAAACAUUGCUAUGCAGCUACGAAGGGUGCGAUUCUACAGGGAGGCCAACUAUCUAGAUAUCAUCGAGCAACGGAGAAACGCGUCUGAUGUUGUUGAUUAGAACUGCAAUGCAUUCACAUGGAUUCACAAUCGGAGCAGAUCGCUAUGCUAAGUUUGAUGUCCGGCCGUUGUGGGUACAGCGGGUUCAGUUUUUUUUGCCUACUUCACAUAGUUUUCGUCGGUCAGUGCUUAGUCAUUGGUCAAACUUC